UGGGGUUGAUGGGGGAGGGGAAUAGCCUUCUCUUCCGCUGUAGGCAGUGAUGGUUGAGAUUACCUUGCUAUGUUUUACGGCCAAUAACUUAUCUUGAAUGAGGGCAACAGAGACCGCAAGCCGGUGGAUGGAAAUCCUGAUUGAUUGCACAGGCUGAAUUCAAGGUGCAGACAUCGGGCUAGAGAAGAGACCUUGAGAAACACCCCAACGGGAUAUGUGUCCUUCGAUAGGUCCUCGACUCGGCUUGUCUAAUUGGGGUCUCGCACGAGACAAGGAAACGAGGAAAGUGGCCGAAUGUUCAAUAGUCGUUGGUAGCUGUCAGCCAGUGGAGUCACCCCAAUGGCAUCAGUGCCGGCCGUGGGACUCGCUAAACAGUGAGUAUGAGUUGGUCACCAAGAGGUGUUGCUUCAUACUCCAGGGAGAUUAUCUUCAGGCGUAUGCCAAAAAGAAUAGGCGAAUGUGCAGCGAGCCCAAAAAAAAAACGGUUGGGUCAAGAUUGAUAUCUCUUCGGGACCUUACCUAGAGAAUUAAUUUUUCUUUUCUCUUUGCUUUUGGCCUUGGGAUUUGUUUUGGCCAAGCUUAUUGAAAAGACUUGCACUCUCACUCUCACUCAC